AAGAUCAAGUUUCACUAAAGUAAAAAAAAGGACUUUAGCACAAGCAGUAUUUACUCCAGCAAUAGAAUUAACGUCAGCAGCAUCAAUGUCAGCAACAAGAGAAGAGAUUGAAAUAGAAGAUGUAUUGAUAUUAGAUGAUGAAAGAUAA